GAUUGGUGAAGUUAGGAGUUUAAUGGAUGCCAGUGUUCACAUAUUGGCUUUAACUGCAACAGCUUCAACUUCACUAAGGGAAAAGGUUUCACAUCUCUUGGGUAUGAAUACACCAUUCCUUAUUGUUCAGUCUCCUGAUAAGAUUAAUAUAAGGUAUACCGUGCUUAAAAUUGGAAGCUAUGAUGUCUUCUUUAAACAUUUACUUAAUGAUCUAAGAAGAAUGUGUACUCUUCUGCCAAGGGUUAUUAUAUUUUGUAAACACAAAGCAGACUGUGCCAAAUUAUAUACAUACUUUAGAUGUAGCAUGGGUGACGAGUUCACAGAUCCAUCAGGAACAUCACAGUUUCUGCCAGACCAUCGCUUAGUUGAUAUGUUCUUUUUAGGAACAGAGGCUAAAAUUAAAGAGGCGAUAAUAUCAAAUUUUACAAGACCAUCACGUUUAAGGAUAGUCAUAUCAACUGUUUCAUUUGGAAUGGGAUGUAGAAAUGUACGUACAAGAGAUAGGAAGAGGAGGUAGGGAUGGAAU